UCUUUCUAGUGGUAGCGUUGCCAGAUAUUUAAGUAAAACCACGCGAAAUUUGCCAAUAAUAAAUAAACAUGCCACUGGAGCCCCAACGCUUCAAAUAUUACAAAACACAACUGAGCGAUUUAUUGCAGAGUGCAACAGCUCUCAUUCGCAACUACUACGACGCAUUAAGCUUUCAAACACCACAGCUCACUGCUCAAGCGAAUCGCAUUUGGGAGCUCAGUCAACGACAACGUUUAGUCUCUGGAAUCAACGAAGCGGCUGCCGCUACACUGCUCUCAGCUUGCCAUGACGCAUAUCAACCCAUUUACCAGUUCAUAAACCAGCAGCAUAAAACUGUGGCUGAGGUUGCUAUCCUUGUGGCAGAUUUUGAGCGAGAAUGUCAGGUUCUGACAGAAGAGCUAGGACAGGCGGAAGAGCUGAGACGGUGUACACUUGCCGAAUGGAGCUCUUGGCUAGCACAAGCGCUUAGCGUGCUGCAAACGCAAGCCAAGUUUUUGGAGCUGGAUUCACAUUGCCUUCUGCCUACGCUAGUGCAGAGCUCAACACUCAAAAAGUUCACACAAGAUUUGGAGCUUACAACGCAUUACAAGGCUAAAAUUAUCAUGGGGUUAACACAAGCCGUGCGCCGACCAGAGCUAUUGCCUUUUACUUUGGCAACUUGAUGGUUUCAUCCAAAUACACCAAACAAGUUAUUAGAAAAAAAUUCGAAUGAUUUAUUUGUUUAAGGCUGUCAUCUGCAAUAAACGAGUUUUGUUGCCAAUUCUGGCUGGAUUUCCUCUAGCAUUUCCAGCUACUGCCGCUCGACCAACCACGGUUACGGAUCACAAAAACACAAAACAAAAACAAAAAAAAACAAUACAACUUUGAAUUGUUGUUAUAAGCACUGCAAUACUUGAAAUUUAUUUAAACAUUUUUAAUUUGGUGUUGGGUUAUUCUUUCUGUAUGUUUAUGGUUUUUAUAUCUUCUUGCAAGAAAUUGCCAAGUGCAAAACAACACCUGAAAGCGCAAAAGAUUUGUUUAAUUUUAAAUAGAUUUAAUUGACCAGCCAAUAACUCACAUUCUUAACCAAUCCCAAGCGCGUUGUACUCCUAGCGAAGACGUCUAGCUUCACGUUCAGAUUCGAGAAGGGUCAGAAUGUCUCCCUCACGCACGGGUCCCUUAACGUUGCGGAUGAUUUGACGGUUCUGUUCUCCAAGGAACUCCACUUUGACUUGUGUACACUGGCCCUGGGAGCCGGUACGGCCAAGAACCUUCAUGACGCGAGCCCAAACAACUGGUUUGUCCAUGUUUUUUGUGUAUUUUCAGUAAGCUUUUUCGUAGAGAAUUCACGUGCGAGUUGCGUAUCAAUUGACAGACGCAAGCAAAAA